AUGGAAAACGGCAGUGUAGCCAAGAUUGUACAACAGAUAACAGAGACGCUGUCCGAUGCCGUAGCGCAGCUGGUGGUGCUGGUGGUGGCGCUCCAGGAGCAGAACGCCGAGAUGCCGCCCACCCUGCCCACGGCGGCUCAGGCCGUGUGCGGCGCCUCGGGCACACUGGUCAGCGUGGCCCGCGCGCUGGCAGAGGAGGAGUAUAGCGACUUCCCCGACAUCUGCGGUCAGAUCCUGGGCGCCGCCGAUGGCGUGGAGCAGGCCGCGUCGGCCAUGAUCAUCGCCGUGCAGGCCGUCGCCACCGCGUACGACCGCCAGGCCGGCUGGAGCCAGCUGGUCGAGUGCUGCAAGAUCAUCGCAGGCAAGACCAUCAUUCUGCUGCAGAUCGUCUACGGCGCUGAUCUCUAUCGCCUCUUUGCCUGCUCCGAUCAGACCAACGACACACUCAACCGCCUCGACACCAAGUUGGCCAUCGCCGAUCCGCAGGCGUUCGCCGAUCUCGCUGGCGAGGCCGCCACGCGCGCCAACCAGCUCGGCGAGUACGUCAAGUCCAAGGCCGCCGACACGGAUUCGCCCAUGCUGCAGGCCUCGCUGGCCGAGGCGGCCGACCUCCUGCAGCAGGACGCCAACGACCUCAUCGAGGCCGCCAACGCGCUCCUCCAGGACCCGAACAACGCAAAGGGCCAGCAGGCGCUCAACCAGCAGCUCGCCAAGGUCAGGGCUCACAUCAAGAAGGUGACCGACCCUCUGCAGGAGGAUCUCCAGACCGUGGCUCAGGAUCUGGAGCGGCUCCAAAGCGCGACGAGAGGCGACAAGCAGACGCUCGACACCCUCUUCGCCGCGCCCAAGCCCGCGCCCGGCCAGAAGAGCCCCUCGCAGGACAUGGCCGACGAGCCCGCCGUGCUGCUGGCCUACCGAGGCGCCGGCCUCGCCGAGAGGAUCGAAAGCGCUGCUCGUCGUGGUGAUGCGGGAGCCGUGGCUGCGGCGACCACGGCCAUGGACGAGGCCAACCGCCAGCUGCAGGCCGGCGCGGCGCUGGCCGCCUCCACGAUGGAUGAUCCCGUCCGGAAGAGGAGGCUCCAGGCCUCCAUGGAGGAACUGGAGCAGCUGGCUCCGCUCCACCGCGACGCCGUGCAACGGACCCUGAAGGACCCCAAGAAGCAGAAGGAGCUUCACCAGGCCAGCCAGCAGCUGAAGACCAAAUACGACGACAUCGCCGACACCCUCAGGCCCGGCGCUGCGGCGGCGGCUGCCAUCGCCGACUACAAGAAGGCAAGCGAGAAGGCCAAGAACGCUGCGGAGAAAGGCGACGCUGCCGGUCUUGAAGCGGCGUUCGAGGAGCUGCAGGAGGCCGCGACCAACCUGCAGAGGCGAGUCGAUGCCCGCGUCGCGGAGGUCGAUGACCCGGUCACCCGCAGGGAGGUCGCCGAAGCGUUGGCCGACCUCCUGAAGCUCACCCCGCUGAAGGUCACCGCCGCCAAGCGCCUGGCCAAGGCGCCCCGCGACCGCCAGGCCCAGAACGACCUCGCUGACACCUUCGAGCGGGCCACGCCUUCGUUGGCCGUUAUUGAGACCAUCACUGACCCCACGGGCGAUCAAGAGAUCAUCGUGGCUGCCAGCCAGGGCGAGAAGGAGAGCGAGCAGCUGUGCGCCGCGGCUAGGAACGGCGACAAGGACCGCGUCGCCGAGGCGGCCAAGCGCCUCACGCGAUCCAACAUCAAGUUGGCCAAGCAAGCCCGCGCCAGGGCCGCACGACUGGAGGAUCCUACCAGGCGAAGGGAGCUGCUAUCCGCCGUCGAUGAACUCGAACGGCUCCUGCCCGAGCAGAUCAGCGCCGCCAGCGAGGUGGCGGGCAACCCGAGGGACCAGGCCAAGGCCGACCAGCUGCUGGCGCUCACCGAGCUGGUGCUGGCCAAGGUCGCACAGGUCGAGGGGUCAGUCGAAUCGGCCGCCCCCGUCGUCGCCGCGGCCAAGCGGGAGAAGAAGAAGCUCGCCGGCCUCAACGACGCCCUCAGCAAGGGCGAUCCCAAGGAGAUCGAGAGCGCGCUGAAGGGGCUGCAAAACGCCAACGAUGUGCUGUUGAUGUGCGGCCGGGAGGAGCAGAACAACAAGGUCGAUCCUCAUAGGAGGAGGGACCUGUCGAACGCGCUCGACGAGCUCGAGCGCCUGCUGCCGCUCCAGGUCAAGGCCGCCAAGGAGGCCAAGGAGAAGCCGCGCGACGCCGCCGCCAAGAAGGCGGUGCUCGAGAUCAACGGCCUGGUGGGCAACGCCGUGGACGAUGUCGUGCGCAAGGCCGUCCCCGCGCCCAAGGAUCGCGCCGCGUCCGCGCUGGCCAAUGGUCUGGACGAGCUGGACCGGCUGCUCGAGGCCGUCAAGCGUGAGGACCCAGCCAGGGCCGCUUUGUCCAUCAGAGGCAUCGCUGCGACCGGCGUGAAGCUGGGCGACGAGGGUCGCAACCAGGCGCAUGCCACAGAUGAUGGGAUCAAGCGCAAGGGCAUCCUCGACGCGGUGGACGAGCUCGAGCGACUGCUCCCGCUCCAUAUGGCAUCGGCCCGCGAGGCCGUGGCCCAGCCCAAGGACAAGGCCAAGCAGGCCAAGCUCGAGGAGAUGAACGAGCGCCUGAAGGACGUCGCCGGCGCCGUGCUGAUGGCAAUGGCCGACAACGCCGACGAGGCCGCCGCCAGCGCUGCCAACCAGCAGGCCAAGGAGGUCGAGCGCCUGUCGAGCGCCGCCCUGGCGGGUGACGCCCACGCCGUAGAGAUGGCCGCCAAGGCGCUGGCCAAGAAGCAGCCCAAGCUCGCCCAGCAGGCCAGGGCCCGCGCGGCCAAGACCGACGACCCGGAGCGCAAGCGGGACAUCCUGGACGCGCUGGAGAUGCUGGAGGCUCUCAUCCCCGGCCAGAUCCGCGCGGCCAAGGACGCCACCAGCGACCCCGAGGACGCGCAGAAGCGCCAACUGCUCGAGGACACCAACGCGGAGCUCGUGGCCGCGUUCCAGCAGCUCUCGGAGGCCAUGCUGCCCACCGAUGGCGCGCGCGCCCUCGUGGCGGCCGUCGACAAGGAGAACCAGGCCAUGGAGCAGCUCCGUUCGGCGGUCCAGAAGGGCGACACCGCGCAUGGCGAGGCCAGUCUCAACGAGCUGGAGGACGCCUUGAGGCAAAUCACCCAGACCGCUAAGACCGAAGCGAUUCACUCUGACGAUGAUCCCAAGGCCAAAAAGAAUCUGAACGAUGCCAUUAGCGAGCUCGAGGCGCUCCUCAUGAAGCUCCGCCCCCUGGCCAACGCGGCCUUGGCCAACCCCAAGGACAAGAAGGCCCCCAAGGCCCUCACCGACGAUCUCGACAAGAUCGCCGCCGCCACCGACAAGAUCAUGGAGACGUCAAAGGCCGCGCCGUUGGCCGAGGCCCAGAAGCAGGAGAAGGCGGUCGAGAAGCUGGCCCUCGCCGCUAGGAACAACGACCCCCAGGCCAUCGCCGCCACUGCCCGCUCCCUCGCCCGCCGCGCUCCCAAGCUCGCCGAACAGGCCCGAGCGCAGGCGCGCAAGACGGACGAUGCAACCAGGAAGAAGGCCAUCUUGGCCAUCGUGGACGAGCUCGAGCGCAUGCUGCCCGGGCAGAUGGCCGCCUCGUUGGCUGUCGCCAACAACCCGGACGAUGACCAGGCCAAGAAGGCGCUCGACAACGCGAUGGCGGACUACACGGGAAUGCUGGGCAUGCUCGAGGCGAGCAUCAGGCCCGACACCAAGGACAAGGUGCCCGAGGCGGCCGAGCGCGAGCUGGCCAACCUCGCGCGUCUCUUGGAGCAGACGAAGAAGAGCGACGCCCGCGGCGCCGAGGAGACCCUCAGGCAGCUCGAGCAGGAUAACGACCUGCUCGCCCAGCACGGCCGCGGCAGAGCGGCGAGGGACCCCAGCGCCAAGUCCCUCAGGGAGGCGGUGAACGAUCUCGAGAACCUGAUGGCGCUCGUGCGCGACUGCGCCAGGGCCGGCCUCAAGACCCCCAAUGACAAGAGGUCGCAGGAGGAUCUGGAGGAGUUUGUGAAGAGGCUGGGGGACCGCGUGAACGAGCUCGCCGAGCACAUGGACCCGACGUACCGCAACAAGAAGGAGCGCGAGGUGGCGCGAGCGGCGGCCGAUCUCGAGUCGAUCGUGCCGCGGCUCAACGACGCGUGCGAGCGUCUCACCAAGAACCCCGGUGAUCGCAAGGCCGUCGAGGAGCUCGAGGAGAUCAUCACCGGCAGCCAGAUCCCUCUCGAAGUGCUUGAACGGUCGAAGCAGGCAUCGGUUGAGGAGGAGGUGAUGCAGUCGCGCAUGAGGGAGAAGGAGGCGCUGUCGAAUCUCGAGGACGAGGCGCGCCGGGGCAACCUGGAGGGCAUCGAGACCGAGGCCCGCAAGGCCGCCAUGGCCCAGGAGACCUUCCUCGACCGCGCCCGCCGAAGGGCCGAGGAAGCCAAGGACCCGUCCAAGAAGAAGCGCAUCCUCGACGCCAUCACCGACCUCGAGCGUCUGCUCCCCGAGACCGUCAGGGCCGCGCGACGCCUCGCCCAGAACCCCUCGGAUGCGGCGUCGAAGAAGGACCUGGCGGAGCUGAGCCUGCUGAUGCUGGCGGCGAUGGAGCAGGGCGAGCGCGAGAUGGUGCCCUCGGUGGAGGCCGUGGCGCUCGAAACGGCCAAGCGGCUGCCCAGCGAGACCGACAAGCUCCUCGCCUCCGUCCAGUCCGGCGACGAACGCCGUGCUACGGGCGCGCUGAAGGAUAUGGACGAGAUGAUGGACAGGCUCCUGGAGCAGGCCAGGUCCGCGGCGACCCUCGAGACGGACCCCAGGAUCCGCAAGGAGCUCCAGGACGCGGUGUCGUCGCUCGAGGCCCUCCUCGCGACGAUCCGGCCCAGCGUGAUUCCCGCCACGCGCAGGCCCGGCGACCGCAAGUCCCAGGCCCUGCUGACUGAGGCGGCGCGCGGGCUGGUCACCUCGCUCAACAGCAUCUCCGACGCGCUCAAGGCCGAGGCCGUCGUCGAAGCGCAGCUCCAGGAGGCCACCAUCAGCCGCCUCAGCUCCGCCGCCAAGCGAAAGGACCCCCGCGAACUCGCCGAAGCCACCAAGACGAUGGCGGGCAACCACAAGAAGCUCACCGAGACUGCCCGCGAGGAGGCAUCACGCAGCGAUCCCGCCCGCAAGCGUCAGCUUCUGGAUAUGGUGGCCGAGCUCGACAACCUCCUGCCUCGACAGGUCAUCGCCGUCAAGGAGUCGCUGCAGAACCCCGGAAAUGAGGAGAAGCUGGAGGCGCUGUGCCGAGCGGUGGACAGCUCGCGUGCGGCCGUGUGCAACCUGCAGGACGCCCUGCACCCCACCCCGGCCACGGCUGCCGACAAGCUCGCCGCCCGCGAACUAGCCGAGCUCUCCACCCUCCAGAGCUUUGCUAGGCGGGGCGACAGGGUGAACGUGGAGACCGCGAUCACCCGGAUUAAUCAGAACCACGACGAGGCGAAGAGGCAGGCCAACGAGGCGAGCGCGAGGGCGCCCAACCCGCACGACAAGGCGGCCCUGGCCGCGGCCGUGGGCGAUCUCGAUGCCCUCUUUGCCACCCUGAGCCGCACUGCCCGCGAUGCCGCCGCCAGCCCCAGCGACAAGCAGAAGCAGCUCGCCCUGGAGGACUCGAUCCAUCAGAUGCGGAAGCCCGUCGACACCAUCCAGACGUCGAUCAAGGACAGCACGACCAAGUCCCACUUCACGGCGGCAACGGCGAUCAUCGCUGGAGUGCGGCCGCGCAAGAUGGACGCGCGCAGCCUGCUCGAUGCUGCCAACGCGCUCGCCGGCCACCUUAACUCUCUCGCCUCGGAUAUCAGCAUUCAGGCGCACAAGAAUCGCGACACGUCGAUGGUCAAAGCUACGGCUGCGCUCGACCUCGAUUCUCUUCUCUCCCAACUCGACAAGAUCGCGGCGGACAGCAGCAAGCGCGCGGCGGUCAUGUCUCCCGCCUCGUCGUCGGCGUCAAUGAGCUCGCUCAUCGGCGAUCUCGAGAUGCUGGCCCAGGCCUCCGCGCCCAAGGCCACCUCGCUCGAGGCCUCCAUCAACCAAGUCGCCGAGAGCCUCCAGAGGAGGUCGAGGGUGGCUGGUGGCGAGGCGACGACCGGGAGGCACACGGCCAACAUCGGCAGCGAGCUGGCCAAGCUGGCCGACGCCUGCAAGGGCGGCCAGCGCCAGCAGUUCCUCAUCUCUGCUCGCGCCAUUUCCACGUUUGUCCGCUCCCUCUCCGUUGACGUCAAGGUGAUGGGCGACAAGUGCCCCGACCCGGAGCUGAAGGAGCGGUUGUUGAAGUGCAUGCAGGCCCUGCAAAACUACUCGAUCCAGCUCAAGAUCCUGGCGUCGGUCAAGGCCGCCUCGAACACGCCCGACCCCGAUGCCGACCAGCAGCUCGCCAUCCUCACCCAGAACCUGGGCCAAAUGCUGACGGGCACCAUCUCGGCUGUCAACGUGGCCCACCUCAAGUACCACGUGGGCACCGUCUGA